CAAGACACCCGACAAAUACAGAUUCUAGCCACAAUGGCAGAAGCCAUCGCGCUUGGCGCUAGCAUUAUCGCGAUCGUUCAGAUUGCUGACAGAGUCUUCGGGCUCUGCAAGUUCUACGUCGAGACUGUACACGAUUGCCCCGCGGAUAUUCGAGCAAUUUUGAUCGAGACUUCGAUGAUGAAGGCUGUCUUGGAAAAUGUGGGGUUUCUGGUCUCAUGCAAUAACAAGCAAUCGACAAUGCUCGAUAAUUUAUCGGGCACGGGUGGUCCCAUUCAAGGAUGCCAGGAUGCAAUCACUAAGCUUGAAGAACUUUUCCCAUCUAUGUAUGCUCAAGCACCAGGCAAAGGGAAAAGAAGAAGACAGAAAGUCAAGGCUUCUUUGGCUUAUCUCAUGUGGCCCAUGAAGGCAGAGAAGGCAAAGAAACUGGUGGAGGACUUGGGCAGGCUUAAGAUGACUAUCAGUUUGGCUCUUACGGCAGAAUCUACUCACGACAUCAAACACAUCAAGAAUCAGACAACAAACAUUCAAGCUAUUCUCUCAGAUAGCCAACGUCAUCAGAUCUAUCAAUGGCUUCAAUCCACUGAUCCAACCUCCUUACAUUACCGAGCCUGUAAACAGUAUGAGGUUGGUACAGGAAAUUGGAUGCUGCGCUCCGCAGAGUGGAAGAAUUGGCUUGAAGGAAAGACCCGCUGCGUCUGGAUCUCUGGGAUUCCGGCAGCUGGGAAAACAGUACUUGCGAGUCACUUGAUCGAAAAUAUCACGGAACGCUGUGGCACAUUCACAUCAAAGAAAUGUGCUUCGAUUUACUAUUAUUGUUAUUUCGGGCACAAUCAAGAAGAAGCAAGACCUUUUCUUCGAUGGACAAUAAGCCAACUAUGUCGCCAAGCAAAGCCAGUGCCGACCUGCCUCACCAAGCUAUACGACCAAGGCCGAGAACCAAGCCUGGUAGAUCUGUUGCGCGUCCUUGAAGGAGUUCUUGAAGCUUUUGACAGUGUCUAUCUCGUCAUUGAUGCCAUUGACGAGAGCAUGCCAAGAGAUGAUUUGCUGGCGGUUCUUCGGGACUUAACCACGGAUUCGAGGUUUCGAAAAAUUCAGUUACUGGCCACCAGUAGGCAAUACAUUGACAUCGAACAAGUGAUGGAAACAAUCUCCGCUCCGGUGUCUAUGACAAAUCCUCUACUUGAUGCCGACAUCAAGCUAUACGUCCAAGCUAGACUGGAUGCAAAUUCGAGAUUUAGGCAUUGGCCAAGGAGCCUGCUUGAUGACGUCCUGGAGGUUGUUUCAACUAAAGCUAAGGGAAUGUUUCGUCGGGCAGUUUGCCAGAUACACGUGCUCGAGCGUCUGAGGCCAGAGAACAAUAUUGUCAAGAAGGCGUUAGGGAACCUCCCGAAGACAUUGGACGAGACUUAUGAACGAAUCAUCUUCUUAUCGGUCCCAGAUGAACAUCGCAUGGUUGUCCUGUAUACAUUGAAGUGGAUAUAUUAUCAUCAAGAGGUACGCAACGAGAGCAUCUCACUUCCAAUCCUGCUCCAGGCUGUCGAACGGAGUUUAUGUUAUUUGAGCCAAGCCGGACACGACUACUUCUUAGAUGAAACACUCCUUCGAGAACUAUGUGGGUGCCUGAUCAUAGUUGAACCUGCGGAGAGAAUCUUCAGGGAAGAUUAUGAGGACAUUAAUAAUAAGCACUUCACGAUCAACUCUGUAUCUUUUGCACAUUACACUAUAUGGGAAUUUUUGAAUUCCAGCAGGAUAGUGGAGAGCUCUGCUGCCUUUUUUGCUCUCAGAGAAUAUGAAACGAAGAUGCAACUGACUGGAACUGUAUUGCAUGGGGUACUGAACGCUGAUGCAACUGAUCUGUGGAAAAGUCCUCAUGAUCACACUGACCGUGAAGAUUUCGACGUGUUCAUCGCAGGAGACGAACAUUUAGACACUUAUUGCAUCGCGAUGUCGGUCCUCUGUUUGUGGACACUAGGCGACGACUUGGCUAAGCAAGACCAUUUGGUAUCUUUGAGUUUCGACCUUCUGGAUGAAUCAAAAACCUAUGUCUCGUCCUUCAAGAGAGUGGCGAGGAUAUGGUUAUAUCCAUUCCUUAACAAUGGAGCGGUAAUUAUAGACCACUUUGGGACAUCUAAAUGGCGAAUUAUUCCAAAACCCAAAGAAGCUGCUAUACUCACAAAUUUGCUACUUGUAGACCAAUCUUGCCAAUUGGCUAGAAGAUUGAUUGAACAAUUCAGUAUGCCAGAAAUUCUGCAAGCAGAGUUGAGUAUCGACGAAAUAAUCGUUUCAACCUCCAACGAUGAAAGUGAUCAAAGAAUCUACAUGUUCCAAGGAUCAAUCUUUGAACUAUUUGCGCAACUUGAGAAUGCACAUACGCCUCAGUUUCGGUGGUUGAUAGACGUCGGAGUGCGGUUUUUGGAUCCUUGGCCUGUUCUCUAUUCGUUAAUUUGUGUCCACAGCUACUGUUGGGCUCCACGCUGCGACAAUGACUGUCCUUUGUCACAGAUCAUAAAACUAACGCUCAAUGUCAACUCUUCGAAACACGCAUACACUACUUCAGGUGCAGACCCAAAUGGGCUGGCAACUAAUGGAGGUUCAAAAUGGGAAGAAGGAACAGUCUUAGCCCAGUACAAUGAUAUCGGUGGGCUGAGCCCGCUUGAACUCUCAAGCCAUGAAGAUUGGUCUGAGAUUCGUGAAUUGCUUCUUCGUUAUGGCGCUGUGGCAAACGUGGAGGGCGAUAACAACCUAGAUAACACAGACUCGGAAGAUGUGUGAGAUAAUUAGUAUCUGCGCAAGGGGCAUUCGAGCUUUGCUACGGACGAUGAAAGAACGUGAAAUAGGCAAAAAUAG